CCAAUUUAAACCAAAAGAAUUUGUUAGAUUUUCACUUCAAGAAGCAAUUAUGUCUCCUCAAGUUUCUGCUUCUAACAUGAAGGCUCCACACGUUUCUAAUACCAAACAUCGACCCAUUGCUUCUUUUCAUCCCAGUAUUUGGAAGGAUCAUUUUCUUGCACCAAUUUAUGAAGCACUGGAAGUAGAGGAUGAAGUGAAAGAAGAAAGGGAGCAGUUGAAAGAGGAAGUGAGGAAGAUGCUAAUUGUCGUCGUGGAAAAUCCUUUUGAUAAGCUUAAGUUGGUUGAUUGGAUACAAAAAUUAGGGGUAUUUUACCACUUUGAAAAGGAGAUCAAUCAAGUCUUGGAACACAUGUAUGUGACGUAUAAAAACUUCUUGAAUGACUUUGGCGAUGAAGAUCUUAAUACCGUUUCUCUUUUAUUUCGAAUGCUUAGACAACAAGGUUACAGAAUUUCAUGUGAUAUAUUCUCAAAGUUUAUGAAAAAUGAUGGACAAUUUAAAGAAUCAUUGAGGGGUGAUACAAGAGGAAUAUUAAGCCUGUAUGAAGCAGCACACCUGAGGAUACACGGAGAAGAUAUUCUUGAGAAAGCACUUGAUUUUACAACUAAUCAUCUCAAAAAACUGGUUGCUGAUUCAACCUCUCCAUUUACCACUGAAAUUAAGAAUGCCUUAAAGUGGCCUAUAAGAAAGGCUCUCCCAAGAGUAAAGGCAAGAGAUUACAUGGUAAUCUAUCAACAAGAUCCUUCACAUAAUGAUGCAUUGCUUACUUUCUCAAAAUUAGAUUUCAACAUAUUACAAAAACUUCACCAAAGCGAGUUGAAUGCAAUCACAAGGUGGUGGAAGGAUUUGGACCUUCCAAGAACUUUACCUUUUGCUAGAGAUAGAAUUGUGGAGUGCUACUUCUGGAUAUUGGGUGUAUAUUUCGAACCCCAUUUCAGCAUUGCAAGGAAAAUAUUGACCAAAGUGACCGCUAUGACGUCAAUUUUAGACGAUAUGUAUGAUGCUUAUGGAACAUAUGAAGAACUCGAAAUCCUCACUUUAGCCAUCAAAAGAUGGGAUAUAAGCAUGGUCAAUCUACUCCCUGAGUACAUGAAAGUUUAUUAUAAGACUCUCUUAGAACUCUAUGAAGAAAUUGGCAGAGAUAUAGGCAAGGAUGGAAAGUCAUAUCAGAUUCACUUUGCAAAAGAAGCAAUGAAAAGACUAGCUGAAUCCUACUUUAAAGAAGCUGAGUGGUUAAGCAAAAGGUAUAGACCAAAUUUUGAUGAGUAUAUGGAAGUGGCAUUGGAUAGUUCAGGCUAUGCAGUACUCGCAACCAUUUCAUUCGUUGGCAUGGGUGAUAUUGCAACAAGGGAGGUAUUUGAUUGGCUCUCAAAACACCCUAAAAUUAUUGAAGCCUCAACAAUGAUUUCUAGACUCAUGGACGAUGUUAUGUCUUACAAGUUUGAGCAACAGAGGGAACAUGUUGUUUCUGCUGUAGAAUGUUAUAUGGAGCAAUAUGGCUGUUCAGAAGAAGAGGCAUGUGUUGAAUUUAAUAAGCAAGUCGCAGAAGCAUGGAAGGACAUAAAUGAAGCUUGCCUUCAUCCAACGACUGUUCCAAUGAUUUUUCUAAUGCGUGUAUUAAAUCUUUCUCGAGUUAUGGCGCUACUUUAUGUAGACGAGGAUGGAUAUACAAAUUCUAAGGGUAGAACAAAAUUUCUUAUCGAGUCUCUACUUGUUGACCCAGUAUCCUUGUGAAUGUAACUAGGAGACAAGUGGGUUCUUGAAACCCAAUAUUUAAGGCCCACUAGGGUCCGUUGUAACAUGAAAAAUUUACAAAAAUAAAUGUUUUUUGCAGCGGUACAGAAAUAA